AUCUAGUCAGAAACGAUGGGUGCACAGCAUCUGUAUUUGAAAAUUCAUUACAACGUGUUUUGUUGCGGGCGGAAAAUUUCAAUCUUUGGCGAACAAACAAAGCAUCAAUCUCAUUGCAAACUAAAUGGUUGUUUCACUGAAGAUGCUGGGAAACCCACCAGAGAUUUCCUCAAAACUGGAGCAGCUUGUGCAAUAUAUACCAUGAAAAGGUAUGGAUUUUGCGAUAAUCUGUAUUCCACCAUUCUUAAAGUUGUACACACCUUUCUUUUCCAUAAUUUGGGAGAUCAACGAAUGGAUAAGGUUUCUUUGGAGGUAGUGAUCAUCUCAGCCCAUGAUCUGAAAUGUGUAACAAGUUUUGGAAGGCCCAUGCGAACUUAUGCAGUUGUAUGGAGCGAUUCCACCACUCAAAACUCUACGCGAACAGACAGAAAGGGUGGCAGAUACCCCACCUGGAACGAUAAGUUCCAAACAACUGUCAACAAGGGCUUCCUCCAGCAAAAGGGCUCUGCUCUCUUGGUGCAAAUAUACUGUAAAACCAUGAUGGGCAAAAAGAGAGUGGGAAGUGCUCGAAUGCCCUACUCUGAUAUUUUGGAGGGAUACACGUCGCCCGAUUCCAUGCAUUUUGUGACCUAUCGGAUUAGGAGGCCAAAUGGCAGGCCUCGAGGUACGCUUGAUUUGUCCGUGAGAUUUCUGGACAAAAUGGAUCCGAGCAUACACAAUUCAAGGCCUCAGUUUCAGAUGAAGUUCCCGAGUUUUCCCUCCAGACAGAGAACACAAGCGAGUUCGAGUAGCCAAGGUUAUGCAAUUGGCCUUCCCUUAUCCAACUCGUAUUCUUCCAUGAACUCAACAACUACAUCUUAUGGCUAUCAACACCAUGGCCGCCUUCCUCCGUUCAAUUUGCAAGUAUCUGCUGCGAGUUACAACGCCCAUCAUUCCCAAUUUCCUACGUAUUUAUAAGCGAGAAAGUGUGCAUAGAAGAUGUAAUUUACAGGUUAGCCUAUGAUGGAAUAGACGAUUGAAAGUGUGCAUAGAGGAUGUAAUUUACAAGUUAGUCUAUGGUGGAAUAGACGAUAGAAAAUUUACUUGAUUAGAAAGAUUUAAUAAUUUAUUAUUAAGGUAAGAAAGAAAAGAUGAUGAAUCAUUGAAUGUAAUUAUAAAUCUUUGGAACUAUACUAUAAAUGUUUUAUA